GAAAAGAAACGCAGCUUGAAUUAUUUUUAGCAGGUUUUUAGCACGUUGUGUUGCCCUUUAUUAGUGCUCAAACCUAGCUUAAGUAAAUCGUCGUAAAAUAUAGUUUGUUUAAAGUAUGCCUUGAUGCUGAACGUCGUUUAACCUGAAGAUAUUUGUAAAUUCGUGUUGAACGCGCGACUCGUUCUGCGCGCUGGUGUUAUUGUUAGCUAACGCGGUAGCAACACAGCUAACAUGAGUUUCGUUGUGGCUGUGGCGUGAUCAAAUAACUUCACAACACUUCUAACUUACCUUCGCUUGUGUUACGAGAGUAAAAACGUCCCCUUGUGGCCUCCUGCAGCGCCAUGUCGAAAAGAAAAGUAACAUUUGAGGACGGAAACGGGGAGUUUGACCUGGAAGACGACGGCCCGAAUAAAAAGAGUUGUGAAGCUGUCGCCGGACCAGGCUCCAGAUUUAAGGGUAAACAUUCCCUUGACAGCGACGAAGAGGAUGAUGAGGAGGUCACAGACAGCAGCAAAUACAAUAUUCUUGCCAGUGAUGAUGUGGAGGGCCAAGAAGGAGCGACCAUCGACUUUGAUGAAGGAGUGUCCAUUACUCCUUUUAACCUGGAGGAAGAGAUGCAAGAAGGACACUUUGAUUCAGAGGGAAACUAUUUUGUCAAAAAGGAAACACAAAUUAGAGACAACUGGCUUGACAACAUAGAUUGGGUGAAAAUAAAAGAGCAGCCCGUCAAGAAAAAGAAAGGCCUCGGAGCCAAACGGACGCGCAGAGCUGGUGAUGAAGACGAGGCUGAGGAAGAAAAACGGAGAGAAGAACAGCAAGCGGACCAGGGGGGAGAGGAAGAGGAGGAGGAGGAGGAGAUUCCUGCAGAGGACCCCUUGGCAUCCUUCACACAGCAGCAGCUUGUUGAGGCUGUGCUCGAGUUGUUGACGCCCGGAGAAACGGUCGCUGCAGCGCUGCGUCGGUUAGGAGGCCUCGGAGGACGCAAGAAGAGCAAACUGAGGGAAGAAAACGAACCCACGGAGAAGACGACGAGGGACGCCGAGAAGCUGGAUAAGCUCACAGCUUUAGCUGACAGACUGGUCGGAUCUGGGAUGUUUGAAAUCUAUCAGCAAACCUAUGAGAAACUGUCCUACGUGAUGAAGAGCUUGAGCAGCAAGAAGCCGGCGGUGGGGAAGAAAAAAGGCAGUGACGACGACGAAGGAGACGAACUCGACAUGUUUGGGGAUAAAUUUGAUGAGAAGAUCAGCGAGAAAUCCGAGGGCCCUGAGGAGGAAGAUAAUAAAGUGAGUGAGGAAGUGAUGUGGGAGUACAGAUGGGAAAAUAAGGAUAAUUCAGAAAUCUAUGGGCCCUUCACCAGCCAACAGAUGCAGGGCUGGGUGGAUGAAGGCUAUUUCAGCAGCGGCGUCUACUGCAGGAGGGUGGACCAGGAAGGGUCUCAGUUCUACAACUCCAGAAGAAUAGAUUUUGACCUCUACGUAUAAAACGUCAAAAAUAAUAACCGCCGUUGGGAUGAUUUUUUUUUCAUGUUUUAUCUACAUUUGUUUCUUUUCCAGGGUUUACUUUAGGGUUUUGGUGUGAAUCAUUUUAACCCUGCCUCU